ACUUGCAAAUACUACAUAACUAUAAAUAGAUUUUAGUGUUUUUAUUAAAUUAUAAUAUAAUAACAUAAUUAUUUAUCAAAAUAAAGUUUUUUAUCCUUAAAAAUAUAAAGAAAAAUGGAGGAUAUUUUCCAUUGGUGUCGCGAAGGCAAUUCCAUACAAGUCCGUUUAUGGCUUGAUGAAGUGGAGCAUGAUAUGAAUUUGGGUGAUGAUCAUGGUUUCAGUCCUUUACAUUGGUGUGCCAAAGAGGGUCACAGCAAAUUGGUGGAAACCUUAUUACAAAGAGGAGCUCGUGUCAAUGCCACCAAUAUGGGUGAUGAUAUACCUCUACACUUGGCAGCAGCCCAUGGUCAUCGUGAUGUAGUACAAAUGCUGCUCAAAGAACGUUCUGAUGUUAAUGCCGUCAAUGAGCAUGGUAAUACUCCCCUGCAUUAUGCCUGUUUCUGGGGUUACGAUAUGAUCUGUGAGGAUUUGGUAAAUGCCGGAGCCUCUGUAACCAUAGCCAACAAAGACGAUGACACACCCUUGGACAAGGCUAAGCCGGGUUUGGCCAAACGUUUGCAAGACUUGGCGGAACGUAAUGGCCAGGAAAUGAAAAAGAUUAGUUUCAAAGAACAAAGUUGGCUGGGCUUUAAGACCCGUUCGCGUGAUGCUACUUUAUCCCGAUUCAAGGGCAUCAGUAUGGGUGAUUUGGAUUUGCAUACGAAAUUGUCGGUAACACCAUCGGGCGAGACAUGGCGUGGCAGAUGGCAAAAGAAUGAUGUUAUUGCGAAGAUUUUAUUGGUUAGACAAUGUACUUCGCGGAUAUCAAGAGAUUUUAAUGAAGAGUUUCCCAAAUUGCGUAUCUUUUCACACCCCAAUAUAUUGCCGAUUAUAGGAGCGAGUAAUUCACCGCCAAAUUUGGUGGUGAUAAGUCAGUUCAUGCCCCGAGGAUCUUUAUUCAAUUUACUGCAUGGAGCCACCGGCGUAGUGGUGGACACUUCACAGGCAGUACGUUUUGCUUUGGAUAUAGCUAGAGGUAUGGCUUAUUUGCAUUCUUUGGAAAGAAUUAUACCCACUUAUCAUCUUAACAGUCAUCAUGUCAUGAUCGAUGAAGACUUAACCGCCCGCAUUAAUAUGGGCGAUGCGAAAUUCUCCUUCCAAGAAAAGGGACGCAUUUAUCAACCCGCCUGGAUGUCACCCGAGGCUUUACAACGUAAACCCACCGAUCGCAAUUGGGAGGCCAGCGAUAUGUGGAGUUUUGCUGUCUUACUGUGGGAGUUAACCACCCGUGAAAUACCAUUUGCCGAAUGGUCACCCAUGGAGUGUGGCAUGAAAAUAGCUUUAGAGGGUUUAAGGGUAAAGAUACCACCGGGUACCUCACCCCAUAUGGUGAAAUUAAUCAAUAUUUGCAUGAAUGAAGAUCCCGGUAAAAGACCCAAAUUCGAUAUGGUCGUGCCUAUAUUAGAAAAAAUGAAGCGUUAAUUUUGUAUUUGUUUUCUUUAAUACUCGAAACUAAUUUAAACACUUUUCUUCCUCCUCUUAAUCCACUUUGUUGUCAAAAAUCUGCCAAAAUAUUGUUAAAGUGCCUUAAAGGAUUUUUUUUUUAUUUUAAAAAAGUUAAUUAAAUGUUUGUAAAUGUAGAAAUUUCAAAGAAAAAUAAACUAACUUUAGUUUUAGUUUAGGUGCUCGAUUUAUGAGUUUUUUGUUUGUGUACUAAUGCCAGCGAGUUUUUUAAAACUAUAAAUUAAGAAUUUUUUGUGGUGAAAUCCUUUAAUUACAAAAUGUAUUUUUUAUAUAUUAUUUAUACUUUUACUACUACUACUACUUCAACUAUACAAUUUUUAAAAUGUUUAUUAAACCGUAUUUAAUAAAUAAAACAAAACGAAUUUUAUAUUUAUAUACAUACAUACAUACAUACAUACAUACAUAUUUUGUAUAACAAAAUAAUUAUUAAAAAUAAUAAUAACCAAAGCCUUAAACAAA